AGGGCGUAGGGGAGCGGCCGGUUGUCGGAGGUGGCGUUGAACAUGUGGAUCAUCACAAAUUUACACCAAUCGAUAUUGGCGUUGUGAAUCAUCGCAUGGAUCGUCUUCGUGUCUUCUUGGGAGAGAGUGGUGUGGUUGAACUUCCUGGGCUUGAGGAUCCGUGUCAACACAUAGAAGAUGAAACGAUACACGGGACUCAUGGAAGAAAUCGUAGGGCGCCGCUGUUGGGGAGUGGGUAUGAAGUGUCGGAUGCCCACUUCCUCCAAGAGAGCGGUCUCAUUGAACCGCGCUCCUUCUUCUCCGACGUAGAGCCCGAGAUCCUGUCCGUCCCGUCGAACCCCGAGGAGAUCGAGGAAGUUUCCACGUUCGAGGAUAAUCCGUGCCUCACGUGGAAUGGAGUCAUGAAUGAAGCGGGCGGUGGAGAAUCGGGGAGGGAGAAUCUCCCGGUGCUCAAAUUUCUCCGAGAACCGCGUCGCCUCUACGUGGUCUUGAACCAAAGGAACGACCCGUCGAGGUACUUGUGCGCCGGUGGUGGAGGAGCCGAGGAAGAAGCCACGUUCUUGCCGGUGCGGGAUCUUUUUCUUUGACCUCCUGCCAUUUUAACAAAGAGAGAGAGGGAGAGCAAGUCAAAAAAAGAGAAAAUUGCAGAAAUUUGGAAAGAAAGUGAAGAAUAGGAGCAAGAAUGAUGAAUUGUGAUGAAUAUUUGGAGAAAGUAUGAUUUGAGUGAGUAUAAAAUGAAUAGAGAUCACCAAU